CGAUCAUUGGAGGAAGAGUAUCUAACCCAGAAGAUGCUCCAGAAUCUUUUCGAUUGCUCGUUCGAGAACUACGAUCUUUAGCUCUAGAACUGAAUCAUUUCCUUGUAUCUGAGAAGAACUUCCAGAUUAAUAGGAAGGAAGCUUGAUCUGAAUGAAUCAGAAUUUCUAUUCUAUGAUUGACCGGUAUAAACAUCAACAACUUCGAAUUGGACUAGUUUCUCCUCAACAAAUAAAGGCUUGGGCCAACAAAAUUUUACCUAAUGGAGAGAUAGUUGGAGAGGUGACAAAGCCCUAUACGUUUCAUUAUAAGACCAAUAAACCAGAAAAAGAUGGAUUGUUUUGUGAAAGAAUCUCUGGGCCCAUAAAAAGUGGAAUUUGUGCUUGUGGAAAUUAUCGAGUGAUUGGAGCUGAAAAAGAAGACCCGAAAUUUUGUGAACAAUGCGGGGUGGAAUUUGUUGAUUCUCGGAUACGAAGAUAUCAAAUGGGAUACAUCAAACUCGCAUGUCCAGUGACUCAUGUGUGGUAUUUGAAACGUCUUCCUAGUUAUAUCGCGAAUCUUUUAGAUAAACCCCUUAAGGAAUUAGAAGGCCUAGUAUACUGCGAUUUUUCUUUUGCUAGGCCCAUAGCGAAAAAACCUACUUUCUUACGAUUACGAGGUUUAUUCGAAUAUGAAAUCCAAUCUCGGAAAUACAGCAUACCACUUUUUUUUACUACCCAAGGCUUCGAGACAUUUCGAAAUCGAGAAAUCUCUACAGGAGCAGGUGCUAUCAGAGAACAAUUAGCCGAUUCAGAUUUGCGAAUUAUUACGGGUAAUUCAUUAGUAGAAUGGAAGGAAUUAGGGGAGGAGGGGUCCACUGGAAAUGAAUGGGAAGAUAGAAAAAUUAGAAGAAGAAAGGAUUUUUUGGUUAGACGCAUGGAAUUAGCUAAACAUUUUAUUCGAACAAAUGUAGAACCAGAAUGGAUGGUUUUGUGCUUAUUACCAGUUCUUCCUCCCGAGUUGAGACCAAUCAUUCAGAUAGAUGGGGGUAAACUAAUGAGUUCGGAUAUUAAUGAACUCUAUAGACGAGUUAUCUAUCGGAAUAAUACUCUUACCGAUCUAUUAGCAACAAGUAGAUCUACGCCAGGGGAAUUAGUAAUGUGUCAGGAGAAAUUGGUACAAGAGGCCGUGGAUACACUUCUUGAUAAUGGGAUCCGUGGACAACCAAUGAGGGAUGGUCAUAAUAAAGUUUACAAGUCAUUUUCAGAUGUAAUUGAAGGCAAAGAGGGAAGAUUUCGUGAGACUCUGCUUGGUAAACGUGUCGAUUAUUCGGGACGUUCCGUCAUUGUCGUGGGUCCUUCGCUUUCAUUACAUCAGUGUGGAUUACCUCGAGAAAUAGCAAUAGAGCUUUUCCAAACAUUUGUAAUUCGUGGUCUAAUCAGACAACAUGUUGCUUCUAACAUAGGAAUUGCUAAAAGUAAAAUUCGGGAAAAAGAACCCAUUGUAUGGGAAAUACUUCAAGAAGUUAUGCGGGGGCAUCCUGUAUUAUUGAAUAGAGCACCCACCCUGCACAGAUUAGGCAUACAGGCGUUCCAACCCUUUUUAGUGGAGGGACGCGCUAUUUGUUUACAUCCAUUAGUUUGUAAGGGUUUCAAUGCAGACUUUGAUGGGGAUCAAAUGGCUGUUCAUGUACCUUUAUCUUUGGAAGCUCAAGCGGAGGCUCGUUUACUUAUGUUUUCUCAUAUGAAUCUCUUGUCUCCAGCUAUUGGGGAUCCUAUUUCCGUACCAACUCAAGAUAUGCUUAUCGGACUCUAUUUAUUAACGAUCGGGAAUCGUCGAGGUAUUUGUGCAAAUAGGUAUAAUCCAUAUAGAUAUAGUUGCGGAAACUACCAAAAUAAAAAGGUUGACAAUAAAAAAAAUGACUAUAGGUAUACGGAAAAGAAAGAACCCUAUUUUUCUAGUUCCUAUGAUGCACUUGGAGCUUAUCAACAGAAACGAAUUAGUUUAGAUAGUCCUUUGUGGCUCCGAUGGAGACUAGAUCAACGUGUCAUUGGCUCAAGAGAAGUUCCCAUCGAAGUUCAAUAUGAAUCUUUGGGUACUUAUCAUGAGAUUUAUGGGCACUAUCUAAUAGAAGGAAGUGUAACAAAGGAAAUCCGUUGUAUAUACAUUCGAACUACUCUUGGUCAUAUUUCUUUUUAUCGGGAAAUAGAAGAAGCCAUACAGGGGUUUUGUCGAGCCUACUCAUACGCUAUCUAAACUAAGAAAUCAGAUUAGGCGAUGUUCGUGCCCAUGGGAAUUCGGGUCUCCCCAAUUUCACUGGUAUCAUAAUUUCUGAAUUUCUGCGUGAAUCAAGAUUGAGAUUGAGGAAAGGAAGUUUUCGAAUCACUAACUCAGGUCCAUUGUCGAAUCCUACUUAGCAGAAUAAAUAUAAGAGGUACUGUACUUAUGGCAGAACGGGCCGAUCUGGUCUUUCACAAUAAAGUGAUAAAUGGAACUGUUAUGAAACGACUUAUUAGCAGGUUAAUAGAUCAUUUCGGAAUGGCAUAUACAUCACAUAUCUUGGAUCAAGUAAAGACUUUGGGUUUCCAACAAGCCACUGCUACAUCUAUUUCAUUAGGAAUUGAUGAUCUUUUAACAAUCCCUUCUAAGGGAUGGUUAGUCCAAGACGCUGAACAACAAAGUUUUAUUUUGGAUAAACACCAUCAUUAUGGGAAUGUACACGCGGUAGAAAAAUUACGUCAAUCCAUUGAGAUAUGGUAUGCUACAAGUGAAUAUUUGAGACAAGAAAUGAAUCCUAAUUUUCGGAUGACUGAUCCUUCUAAUCCAGUAUAUCUAAUGUCCUUUUCGGGAGCUAGGGGAAAUGCAUCUCAGAUACACCAAUUAGUAGGUAUGAGAGGAUUAAUGUCGGAUCCCCAAGGACAAAUGAUUGAUUUACCCAUUCAAAGCAAUUUACGUGAAGGACUUUCUUUGACAGAAUAUAUAAUUUCCUGUUAUGGAGCCCGCAAAGGAGUUGUAGAUACUGCUGUACGAACAUCAGAUGCUGGAUACCUCACACGUAGACUUGUUGAAGUAGUUCAACAUAUUAUUGUACGUAGAACAGAUUGUGGCACUAUCCGAGGUAUUUCCGUGAGUCCUCGAAAUGGGAUGACGGAAAAAAUUUUUGUCCAAACACUAAUUGGUCGUGUAUUAGCGGACGAUAUAUAUAUCGGUCUACGAUGCCUUGCCACUCGAAAUCAAGAUAUUGGGAUUGGACUUGUCAAUCGAUUCAUAACCUUUCGAGCACAACCAAUAUAUAUUCGAACCCCCUUUACUUGCAGGAGUACAUCUUGGAUCUGCCAAUUAUGUUAUGGUCGGAGUCCUACUCAUGGCGACCUGGUCGAAUUGGGAGAAGCUGUAGGUAUUAUUGCGGGUCAAUCAAUUGGGGAACCAGGAACUCAACUAACAUUAAGAACUUUUCAUACCGGUGGAGUAUUCACAGGCUGGUACUGCCGAGCAUGUACGAGCUCCUUCUAAUGGAAAAAUAAAAUUCAAUGAGGAUUUGGUUCAUCCCACACGUACCCGUCAUGGGCAUCCUGCUUUUCUAUGUUCUAUAGACUUGUAUGUAACUAUUGAGAGUCGGGAUAUUCUACAUAAUGUAAAUAUUCCACCAAAAAGUUUUAUUUUAGUUCAAAAUAAUCAAUAUGUAGAAUCAGAACAAGUGAUUGCUGAGAUUCGUGCUGGAACGUCCACUUUUCAUUUUAAAGAGAAGGUACGAAAACAUAUUUAUUCUGAAUCAGAGGGAGAAAUGCACUGGAGUACCGAUGUCCACCAUGCACCUGAAUAUACAUAUGGUAAUGUUCAUCUAUUAUCAAAAACGAGUCAUUUAUGGAUAUUAGCGGGAGGUCCGUGCAGAUCCAGUAUAGUGUCUUUUUCGCUCCACAAGGAUCAAGAUCAAAUGAAUGUUUAUUCUUUUUCUGUCGAAGAAAGAUAUAUCUCUGACCUAUCAAUGACUAAUGGUCGAAUAAGACAUAAAUUGUUGGAUACUUCUGGUAAAAAAGAUAAGAAAAUUAUUGACUAUUCAAUAAGACCUGAUCAAACGAUGUCUAAUGGUCAUUUGAAUUUCAUAUAUCCUUCUAUUAUCCAAGGGAAUUCUUAUUUCUUGGCGAAAAAGCGAAGAAAUAGAUUCAUCAUCCCAUUACAAUACAAUCAAGAACGAGAGAAAGAACUAAUACCCUGUUUUGGUAUUUCGAUCGAAAUACCAAAACAGGGUAUUUUACGUAGAAAUAGUAUUCUUGCUUAUUUUGAUGAUCCACGAUACAGAAGAAGCAAUUCAGGAAUUACUAAAUAUGGAACCGUAGAGGUCAAUUCAAUCAUAAAAAAAGAGGAUUUGAUUGAGUAUCGAGGACCAAAAGAAUUUAGUCCGAAAUACCAAACGAAAGUAGAUCGGUUUUUUUUCAUUCUCGAAGAAGUGCAUAUCUUACCCGGAUCUUCGUUGAUAAUGGUCCGGAACAAUAGUAUCAUUGGAGUAGAUACACAACUCGCUUUAAAUACAAGAAGUCGAGUAGGCGGAUUAGUCCGAGUGGAGAGAAAAAAAAAAAAUAUUGAACUAAAAAUAUUUUCCGGAGAUAUUUAUUUUCCUGGAGAGGCAGAUAAGAUAUCCAGGCACAGCGGCAUUUUGAUACCACCGGAAACAGAAAAAAAAAUUUCUAAGGAAUCAAAAAAAUGGAAAAAUUGGAUCUAUGUCCAACGGAUCACACCUACCAAGAAAAAGUAUUUUGUUUUGGUUCGACCCGUAGUCACAUAUGAAAUAGCUGAUGGCAUAAAUUUAGCAACACUUUUUCCUCAAGAUCUCCUGCGGGAAAAGGAUAAUGUCCAACUUAGAGUUGUCAAUUAUAUCCUUCAUGGAAAUGGCAAGUCAAUUCGAGGAAUUUCUCACACAAGUAUUCAAUUAGUUCGGACUUGCUUAGUAUUGAAUUGGGAUCAAGAGCAAAAAGGUUCUCCGGAAGAGGUUCACGCUUCCUUUGUUGAGGUAAGAACAAAUGAUCUGAUUCGAGAUUUCAUAAGAAUUGAGUUAGUCAAGUCCACUAUUUCGUAUACCGGAAAAAGAUAUGAUAGGGCAAGUUCCGGAUUGAUUUCCGAUAAUGGAUUAGAUCGCACAAAUAUCAAUCCUUUUUUUUACAAGGCCAGGAUUCAAUCACUUACCCAACAUCAAGGUACUAUUGGUACAUUGUUAAAUCGAAAUAAGGAAUGCCAAUCUUUGAUAAUUUUGUCAUCAUCCAAUUGUUUUCGAAUUGGCCCAUUCAAUGGUUCAAAAUAUAACAAUAUGACAAAAGAAUCGGAUCCCAUAAUCCCAAUUAAGGAUUUGCUGGGUCCCUUAGGCACUAUUGUACCUAAAAUAGCAAAUUUCUAUUCAUCUUACCAUUUAAUAACUUAUAAUCAGAUCUUGUUAAAGAAAUAUUUGCUACUUGACAAUUUUCAACAGACUUUCCAAGUACUUCAAGUACUUAAAUACUGUUUAAUAGAUGAAAAUAGGAGGAUUUAUAACCCCGAUCCAUGCAGUAACAUCAUUUUGAAUCCAUUCCAUUUGAAUUGGCACUUUCUCCAUCACGAUUAUUGGGAAGAGACAUCUAAAAAAAUUCGUCUUGGACAAUUUUUUUGUGAAAAUGUAUGUCUAUUCAAAUACGAACCACACGUAGAAAAAUCUGGUCAGAUCAUAAUUGUUCAUGUUGACUCCUUAGUUAUAAGAUCGGCUAAGCCCUAUUUGGCCACUCCAGGAGCUACUGUUCAUGGCCAUUAUGGAGAAAUCUUUUACGAAGGAGAUACAUUAGUUACAUUUAUAUAUGAAAAAUCGAGAUCUGGUGACAUAACGCAAGGUCUUCCAAAAGUGGAACAAAUCUUAGAAGUACGUUCUAUUGAUUCAAUAUCGAUGAACCUCGAAAGGAGAGUUGAAGGUUGGAACGAAGGUAUACCAAAAAUUCUUGGAAUCCCCUGGGGAUUCUUGAUUCAAGCGGAGCUAACCAUAGUUCAAAGUCGUAUCUCUUUGGUUAAUAAAAUCCAAAAGGUUUAUCGAUCCCAGGGGGUACAGAUCCAUAAUAGACAUAUAGAGAUUAUUGUACGUCAAGUAACAUCAAAAGUGUUGGUUUCAGAAGAUGGAAUGUCUAAUGUUUUUUCACCUGGGGAAUUAAUCGGAUUGUUGCGAGCGGAACGAGCGGGGCGCGCUUUGGACGAAGCGAUCUCUUAUCGGGCAAUCCUAUUGGGAAUAACGAGGGCAUCUUUGAAUACUCAAAGUUUCAUAUCCGAAGCAAGUUUUCAAGAAACCGCUCGAGUUUUAGCAAAAGCUGCUCUACGAGGUCGUAUUGAUUGGUUGAAAGGCCUGAAAGAGAACGUUGUUCUGGGUGGGAUUAUACCCGUUGGUACCGGAUUCAAAAAAUUAGUGCACCGUUCAAGGCAAGACAAGAACAUUUAUUUGGAAAUCAAAAGAAAGAAUCUAUUCGAUUUGGAAAUGAGAGAUAUUUUGUUACACCAUAGAGAAUUAUUUUGUUCUUACGUCCCAUUUCCAUGAGACAUCAGAACAAUCGUUUACGCGAUUUCAUGAUUCCUAAGAGCAGAUUCUUUUACUUUAACUAUCUUUUCACUUUUAACUAUCUGUCUUUUAACUUAACUAUCUGGUCCGAGUAUUGAUUUGGUAAAAAAAAAAUAAGUAAUUAAAAGACAUUAAUGGUUUGUACCGUGUAUCAACGGUUAAUUCCCGGUAGAAGGUUCCAUCGGAACAAUUAUUUAUUUCAAAGUACCUCGUCUCUUUGUUAAAAAAAUAAAAAAGAAAAAACAAAAAGGAAG